AGACGAGCCGCCCUUCGCACGCCCCCGCCCAGAGGGGACCUGGCCGCAGAGGAGGCGGCGGUACCUUGGACAGAGCCGCCGCGACUCGAGAGCCCGCCCGGCAGCCGCUCCGGAGCGCCCCGACGAGCAGAACUGAGGCGUGAGGCUCCAUAAGUGCCCCCAAGUGUCUUCAAUUUCUGUCCUCAACAAAAGAUACCAAAAGAAAUGCAGAAAUGCCUGACCUAGAAAAAAACACGCAGAAGAAAGAGAAAGAUACAAGCAGUAAAGAUGAGACAGCAGUGCCAAAACUUCCAGUUCCACCACUGCAACAGACCUUAGGUAUGUACCUACAGUGCAUGAAACACUUGGUGCCAGAGGAGCAAUUUAAGAAGACCAAGGUCAUAGUGGAACAGUUUGGAAUUCCUGGAGGCCUGGGGGAAUCCUUGCAGAAAAUUCUUGAAGAAAGAAGGGAAAAGACAAUGAACUGGGUGUUUAACUACUGGCUGGAUGACAUGUACCUCAACAACCGGCUGGCUCUUCCAGUCAAUUCCAGCCCAGCAAUUAUCUUUGCUCGUCAGUAUUUCAAGGAUGUAAAUGACCAGCUGAGGUUUGCCGCCAAUCUCAUUUCAGGAGUGCAAGACUACAAAGCUUUACUGGACACCCAUGCUUUACCUGCUGAUUUUUCUCGUGGACAGCUGUCUGGUCAUCCUCUCUGUAUGAAGCAAUACUAUGGACUCUUUUCUUCCUAUCGCCUUCCAGGACCUACCAAAGAUACCCUCGUGGCCCAGAAAAGCAAUGUAAUGCCAGAACCAGAACACAUCAUUGUUGCUUGUAACAAUCAGUUUUUUGUUUUGGAUGUUGUCAUUAAUUUCCGCCGUCUCAGUGAGGGAGAUCUUUUCACUCAAUUACAAAAGAUAGCCAAAAUGGCAGAGAAUGAAGAGGAAAUGCUGCCUCCAAUUGGCCUGCUGACAACAGAUGGAAGAACAGAGUGGGCAGAGGCCAGGACCACCCUUAUGAAAGACUCCACUAACCGCGACUCUCUGGACAUGAUUGAACGGUGCAUAUGCCUGGUGUGCCUGGACAGCCCCAGUGGGGUGGAACUCAAUGAUACAAACAUGGCAUUGCAGCUGCUGCACGGAGGAGGCUACCAUAAAAACGGGGCCAAUCGCUGGUACGACAAACCCAUGCAGUUUGUGGUAGGAAGAGACGGAGUCUGCGGCACCGUGUGUGAACAUUCCCCGUUCGACGGCAUCGUCAUGGUGCAGUGCACUGAAUACUUGCUCAAGCACGUGAAAGAAAAUUCCAAGAAAUUAGUACGAGCUGAUUCAGUGAGCGAGCUUCCUGCUCCACGGAGACUAAGAUGGAAAUGUUCCCCUGAAAUUCAGACACAUUUGGCAUCAUCAGCAGAAAAACUCCAAAGGAUAGUGGAAAAUCUGGAUUUUAUUGCCUACAAGUUUGAGCACUAUGGAAAGGAAUUUAUUAAGAAACAAAAGGUUAGCCCAGAUGCCUACAUUCAAGUAGCACUUCAGCUGGCAUUCUACAGAUGCCACAGGAGACUUGUCCCGACCUAUGAAAGUGCUUCCCUACGCCGAUUUGAUGAGGGCCGGGUGGACAAUAUCAGGUCUUCUACCUCAGAAGCAUUUGCUUUUGUGAAAGUAAUGACUGAUGACAAGACAGCUGUAUCGGAUUCUGAGAAGAUGCAGAGAUUUAAGGAUGCAAUUACAGCUCAGACUAAUUACUCUAUUCUGGCUAUUACAGGAAUGGCAAUAGACAAUCACCUGCUAGGGCUCAGAGAGGUGGCACGGGAACACUUCAAGGAACUGCCAGAGAUAUUUACGGAUGAGACAUACUUGACAAGCAAUCGAUUCAUCCUCUCAACCAGCCAGGUUCCAACUACUAUGGAAAUGUUCUGCUGCUACGGGCCUGUGGUGCCCAAUGGAUAUGGGGCAUGUUAUAACCCUCAGCCAGAGCAUAUAUUAUUCUGCAUCUCAAGCUUUAAAGAAUGUAAAGAAACCUCCUCAGCUGUGUUUGCAAAAGCUGUGGAAGAAAGUCUCCUAGCAAUGAGAGAUCUGUGCAAUAAAUGCAAUUCUGCUACGGCAAAGCCACUUGCUAAACAAGAUGCAGCCACACAGCUGCAGAGUGCCAGCAAACACUAAGAAGGAUGUGAGAAUUAUUCUCCUGAUCCACCUUGUGAAGAAACAUGACAUAGUUGUUCAAAGGCAAGAUCAUAAUAGUAAUAGAACAGUGUGCAACCAAA